CUCUCGUUGACACAAAACAGAAAACACAAAACACGACUCAUAGACACAAUCAAACUUACCUAAAAAAGUUUUCUUUUACAAACGAUGUCGUUUGCAGUUGCCGUUUGCAACUCGCCGGUGUUCUCUCCGUCAUCGUCACUUUUCUGCAACAAACCUCCGGCGCAUGAAACCCUAACUCUAUCUCUAUCCCAUCUCAAUCCUCCAGCUUCUUCUCCUUCUCUUUCCUCUGCGUCUCCCACAUCUCCGUUCUGCCUCCGUCUCCUUAAACCGCCAGCUAAAUUAGGGUUUCGAUCGGACUCUGUUCCCGGACGCGUUCUUAAGAGGAAACGCCCGAUGAGGCUUGAUAUACCGGUUGGUAGUGCAGCUCCUAUAUCUGCUGAGGCGUCGGUGACUACAGAGACGACGAGGGAGGAGAGUAGAGAGGUCGAGAGGGAAGGUGGUGAGUACUCUGUUUUUUGCAAGAGAGGAAGAAGAGAAGCUAUGGAGGAUCGUUUCUCUGCCAUCACCAACCUUAGAGGUGAUCCCAAACAGGCAAUAUUCGGAGUCUAUGAUGGUCAUGGAGGAUCAAAAGCGGCUGAGUUUGCGGCUAACAACUUGUGUAGUAACAUUCUAGAUGAGAUUGUUGGUGGGAUGAACGAUUCCAAGAUUGAAGAAGCUGUAAGACGCGGUUACCUAGCGACUGAUUCUGAGUUUCUUAGGGAGAAGGAUGCUAAGGGCGGCUCUUGCUGUGUCACGGCUCUGAUCAACGAUGGCAAUCUCGUCGUGGCCAAUGCUGGGGACUGUCGUGCUGUUCUGAGCGUUGGAGGACACGCUGAGGCUAUGAAUUCUGAUCAUCGCCCUUCGAGAGAAGAUGAACGUAACAGAAUUGAGAGCUCGGGGGGUUAUGUCGAUACAUUCAAAAGUGUUUGGAGAAUCCAAGGAUCUUUAGCAGUAUCUAGAGGAAUAGGAGAUGCUCAUCUCAAACAAUGGAUAAUAUCUGAGCCAGAGACAAAUGUUCUCCGGAUCAAUCCCCAACACGAGUUCUUGAUCUUAGCAUCAGACGGUCUAUGGGAGAAGGUUAGUAACCAGGAAGCAGUAGAUAUAGCUCGACCAUUUUGCAUAGGAACCGAUCAGAAACAGAAGCCAUUGUUAGCUUGUAAGAAGCUAGUUGACCUCUCCGUAUCACGAGGCUCCUUGGACGAUAUCAGUGUGAUGUUGAUUCCGCUGUGCCGCUUCCUCUAACCAUUGGAGAGACGUAGGGAUAAGAAAACAAUUCAGGUUUCGGACGUUAGAGACUUAGAGUUUGGAGUCCUUCUUACAUUCUUCAAUUAACUUCAAUUAGUUCAUUUAAGUUGUUAAGAUACCUUGUGGAUAUCAUCUUAAAUUAUCUCUUAUAUAUCAUAUUCUUGUACUUUUUGACAAAAGUAAGCUUUUUAUAUGAUAAAUAAAAUUCAUAAACUUUACUGUA